AUGUCCGAACCUUACUACAUGAGCACCUACUGCGAAGAACACGACUUUGCUAGAAACAGCUCUUAUGGAUCAAACCGCGACAUCGUCUUUUCUACUCUCCGCGACCGUUCCUCCCUCGGAAGCUAUUCCAACACUACGGCCGGUCUUGGCCCAGACACAGUCUACGGCAUGUUCCUCUGCAGAGGUGACAUCAGCAGAACAUCUUGUUCAGACUGUGUACAGAGUGCAACGCUCGAUAUGGCUGAAAACUGCACUUAUAGAAAAGAAGGUUUCAUAUUCUAUGAGGCGUGUAUGGUUCGGUACUCGGAUUUUUCUUUCUUCACACUCGACGAGGAUGUACCUGGAACCGCUGUACACUCUCUGAUCCCUUCUGUGAAUUCUACUCAAUUUCUCAAAGGAAUACUCCGUGAAAAAAUAAGAGAUCUUAUCCUUAGAGUGACAUUGUCUUCGCCCAUUCCAUAUUUUGUGGAGGAUCAAGAACGUGCGACUCACUUGGAAAGAUCGUUUGGUAUAAAGACAGUGGUCCAGUGUAGUCCUGAUCUUGAUCCAAGAAACUGCACCGUCUGCUUGAGACGUGCGGCCCGAGAUGUCUCCGGGUCAUGCUGCCCCAGUAGCCAGGUUGUUUGGGCCCAGAGCUUCCUUCCUAAAUGUCUCGUACAUUAUAACAUCUCCGGUUUGCCACCAGACGUAGUAGUCAGUCAACCAGACGUAGUAGGUCUUGGCUUUACAAAAGGUUAG